AUGUUAUUGACCAACACACAAACUGCGGCCUGGUUGGACCAUCCCCAUCAUGGCGCGACUCUUACACUAAGAAAUGACAUCCUUAUUCCUGAGCCAUCAGAGGGAGAGGUUCUAGUGAAAUUAGAAUGCUCCGGUUUUUGCCAUUCUGAUGUGCACAGCAUCUAUGGAGAAACACCCAUGGAGACGAACAUCGCGGGGCACGAGGGUGUUGGUCGUGUUGUCAAACUUGGUAAGGGUGUAUCAAGCGAUACAAUGGGGAAGUUGGUGGGCGUAAAAUGGGUCUAUAGUGCUUGCGGAGAGUGUGAGAUCUGCAAAGUGAGAUAUGUACACUGCCCGCAUCAGAACAAUUCCGGAAGAAACGUACCAGGGACUUUUCAGCAAUAUGUUGUUUCACCGCUGAAAUACACAACCAUUGUCCCCGAGGGCUUAGAGCCAGAAAUAGUAGCCCCAUUGCUUUGUGCUGGGGUCACCGUAUACGCAGGAGUUACACAAGCUUCCAAAUUCAUCACACAAGGAGACACCAUAGUCAUUCUAGGAGCAGGCGGUGGCCUUGGUCAUCUUGCGGUUCAAGUUGCUAGCGUCUCUGGAUAUCGUGUCAUCGCCGUCGACAGCGGCGAUAAGGCUGAUGUUUGCAUGACGAGCGGCGCCGCUGAAUUCGUGGAUUUUUUGAAGCAAGACGUCGAGCAAGCUGUCAAGGGAUUGACAGGUGGGAUUGGGGCUCACGCAGUCAUGGUGACUGCUGGUUCUGAGAAAGCCUACGAAUCUGUGCCGAAGCUGCUACGAAAUCUCGGUGUCUUGGUAUGCGUCGGAAUUCCAAGAUUGGACUUCCACGUUCCAAUUUCACCCUUCGAGGUUAUUGUUCGAGGCUUGAAAAUCGUGGGAACAUCCGUCGGUACGGAAAGCGACGUUCAAGAGCUCUUAAAAUUGACGGCUGAAGGAAAAAUAAAGCCACAGAUCGAAAUAUACGAUUUUAACGAUAUCAAUGAUGUGAUAGGUAAAUUGGCAAAAUUUCAGGUAAAGGGCAGGGCGGUAUUGAGAUUGCCCCAAUGAACAUGGAGGAGCACUUCACUUGUUCAGCAUUGUUUGAUGGGCUUAGAGAUAGACUUAAUAUUAGGGCAUUAAUUUUGCUUUCAUGGUAUCAUUAUUCCUACCCUAUGUAGGUAGCUGACGCCAAAUUCCAAUACGCUUCCAGGCAUUGAUCAAGCUCCUUCUCUUUGGUCAAUAACUUUGUAUAGGAACCUCCAUUACAACCUGUUGAGAAGAGUCCAUAAGCCCAGUAAGAAACUCAAGAUUAUCCUCAGUCAAAAAUUCUCCUAGAUCUAACCCAAGAGGAGAUAAUUCUGUGUCAGAACGAGACGGUCCAGAAGGGAAGCCUGGCAUUUGAGAAGAGUCCAACUCGCCCGACUGGAGAAUGUUGAACCAAUUUGCUUGAGCAUUGCCUCCGC